AUGCACGAGAAGACUAAGUUUCGUCUGCACUCUCACGAUGUGCCGAACGGAUCCGGCAGUGGUCAGCAAUCAGUCACUGGUUUUCUAGCCGUGUUGAUUCCAACAGCUACUGGGUACUUCCUUUGCUCCUUUACUACUAUUGUUAAACCUUUGCCUGGGACAACAGCCAAGCAAGGUGACGCCAUCGUGGGCGGAGCUACCGUUAGAUUGCAGCUCAUGAAGACCCGGAAAUGGCUACACAGUCACCUGCAUGCUUCCCCUAUUACAGCCAACUUAGAGGUUAUUAGUAUUCACUUAGGGCAUCAAAG